UGGGCUGGGGGGGCUGCGCGCAGCGUGCUGAGUUCUCAACCCGGAGCAGCCGAGGCCGGAUUUUUCCCUGCUCCAGCCUCCCUCGGCUCCCUCUUCCCGCGCCCUUGCCCGCCGUGGGGCUGCGCUCCCGCGGUGGCAGCCGGGCAGGAGGGAGCUGCGGUUCGGCCCGCCCGAGGUGUUUCUGAGUAGGCUUUUCUGCGUGGGAUAGUGCCUCUCUGCCCCUGGGAUCCUCAGUUGCGCGAGUUCCAAAGUUUGUGCGGACACCUCUGUAAUGAUUGUUUAUCUGGAGUAAAGGCUUUCUGCUGUUGGGGUUCCAUCGGUGCUAGAGCAGAGCCGUGUGCUGGUUGCCGUGCGAGGAGGGCGAGGUGCCGCCGUGCUCCCCAGGAAGCCGGGCGGCUGAGCGCAGCCUCUGCUGCCUCCGAGUUCACCCCGACACCGCUGAGCCUCGGCGGCGAGAGCCCCCAUCGCACUGAACGCUGUGAGAGGGGCACUGCUGAAAUCGAGCCGUGGCGGUGGGCAAGGUCGCAUUUGAAAUGCUGUGAAGUGGCUGGGAGAUUUGGGAGACAGUUGGGAUUUUUGACCUGUGCCAAGUGAAAGUUCUUCUGUUUGUGAAGCUAUUUGCAUAACAAAAUGAGACCUGCAAAGCUGCACUAUUGGAUUCUGGGUUGGUUUUUCAUGGCACUAUGUUGUUGGAGUCCUUCAGACACAUUUACUCAAAGUGACAUCCACCCUCAUGACUGGAAAAAGUUGUAUUUUGCUCAUCAUUGGCCAGUGACUGUAUGUAAGGAGAGGAGGCCGCACCAGCCGAGCUGUGGCACAGCAGCUGACAGCCGGGGGGACACUGCCCAGAUGCGCCAGGGGCGUCCGGGGAGCGCCUCAGAAGGAGGCAGUGGUGGGCAGCAGGAAGGCGAAAUGAAUGCUAAUGAUUGUCAUGACCCACCAAAGUACUGGACAAUCCAUGGAUUAUGGCCUGACAGAGCUGAAGACUGUAACAAGACAUGGCAUUUCAAUGUUACUGAGAUCAAGGAUCUUAUGUCAGACAUGAGACAUUACUGGCCUGAUGUUCUUCAUUCAUCUCUGAAUCGCACCCAGUUCUGGAAACAUGAGUGGGACAAACAUGGCACUUGUGCAGCCACACUUGAGGUCCUUAAUUCUCAGAAAAAAUACUUUGGUAAAGCCAUAGAACUCUACCAGCAUGUUGAUCUCAAUGGUUGUCUCUUGAAAGCUGGGAUAAAGCCGAGCAGUUCAUAUUACAAGAUGACUGCUAUAAAGGAAGCUCUUACAAGAUUUUAUGGUGUAACACCAAAGAUACAAUGCUGUCCUCCAGAAGAGGGUGAAAAAGCACAAACAAUUGGCCAGAUUGAAUUCUGCUUCACCAAAGAACUGCAGCUGGUAAACUGUACGGUGCUGGAGGAUGGAUCCAACCCAAUGCAGGCUCACUUGAAGCUUGGAACUUCAGAGCUGUCGGUUUGCAAUGAUACUCUCCCAACCUAUUAUCCUUCAGAGGUCCAAGAUCACAAAUGAAGCCAUAAGAGUUUGAAAAGCUUUUUCAACAGCAACAAAACCCACACUCAUGUAAUAUUACAAGACCCUGUCCAUAUCACAGGCCUACAGUGAAGAUUUCUGCUGGAAAACACAGUUCUUUUAGUUCCUUUUCUAUUAAAGGAGAGUGGUCCACAUGAUGGGAUCAGCAUUUUAUCUACUGCGUGGUCUGGAUUUUUUGUCUUGCUUAUGGUUUGCAAUCAAUGUUCAGAAGAGAACUGUGACUUCUCAGUUUGACAUGCAGUUAUCUGCCACUUCAGCUGCUUUUUGGUUUUUACCAGUGAGUCAGGGAACUUAGUUCUUUGUAUUGAAAGGAUGAUUAUCUUUCUGAGAUGAGGUGACAAGUUCUUGAGAGGGAAAUACUGUAAACAGUAAAAACUCUUGAGACCUAUCUGGAGGUCCAUUUCCAGAUACAUUUGCCACUGCCUUGCAUAAUUGCUCUCCAGAAGUGCAGCACAGAGACCAUAUCCUCUGAAGUGUUGAACCUUUCCUCACUGAGGGAUCACAGUGGAGCAAAGACAACUUUUGCAUAACUUCUUAGUGAAGUAAUAACAUUCUCCAAGUUUGGGCUUUUCUACCUUAAAGAUCUCAAGGAAACUAUAUUUGUAUCUUACCUGAUCUUUGGUUAUUUUCAUGACAGUAGCUCUAUACAGUAGCUCUAUAUUCUUGAGGAACAACCAAUUCUAGAACAUUUAUGUUAGUACAGGAGAAUGUUAGGCCCCAGAAAUAUGUUGUUACUAAUUUUUAGUUGUGUUUGAGCAUUCAGUAUUACUACUUGUGAGUGCCUACACUUGUAUAUAAAAACAAGAUUGUCACAUAAUCACUUUGUUCCAAGAAACAUCUUUUUAUACAUGAAACAAUAAAUACUACUGGAUUUUCAGUAAAAAGUA